AUGCAUCGAAAUGAGCGGUAUCCAAUGCAUCCACACCUAUAUCCAAUGUUCAUUCACAUUUUUAAGUUAGCUUUAGUUUCAGUGUCAUCACUAUCGACUGACAUUCAUCCAAAUGCACGAUGGCAACAGAAUGGUAUUACCGUUGCUGGAGGAAAUGGACAAGGAAAUGAAAUCAAUGAACUCUCAAACCCAUACGGUUUGUAUGUUGAUGAAGAUCAAACAAUAUAUGUCGCUGAUCAAUCGAAUCACCGUAUUGUGGAAUGGAAAUGGGGUGCGACGAGUGGCCAAAUGGUUGCCGGUGGAAAUGGACAAGGAAGUGGGGCUCAUCAAUUGAAUGAACCACAAGAUGUGAUUGUCGACAAAGAGAGAGAUUGUCUAAUCAUCUCCGAUAGAUCGAAUAGAAGAGUGGUUCAAUGGCCUCGUCGAAAUUGGUCAAGUGGAGAAACAAUCAUCUCCAACAUCGAUUGUUGGGGUUUGACAAUAGACGAGAAUGGAUCUCUCUAUGUCGUUGACUGGGGAAACCAUGAAGUGAGACGAUAUCGAAGAGGAGAAUCUCAAGGAACAGUGGUUGCAGGUGGCAAUGGACGUGAAAAUCGUCUCGAUCAACUCUCUUACCCACUGUACGUAUUCGUCGAUCGAGAUCAUUCAGUCUACGUGUCUGAUAGUGGAAAUCAUCGUGUGAUGAAAUGGGUGGAAGAUGCAAAACAAGGCAUUGUCGUGGCUGGUGAUCAAGGAAAAGGCAAUGGUCUUACACAAUUGUCAUAUCCUAAUGGAGUCGUUGUCGAUCAAUUGGGCACUGUCUAUGUGGCUGAUGGAUGGAAUCAUCGAAUCAUGCGUUGGCCCAAUGGAGCCAAACAGGGAAGUGUUAUUGUUGGUGGAAACGGUAGAGGAGGACAAUCGAACCAACUCAAUUAUCCCACCGGUUUGUCAUUCGAUCGACACGGCAAUCUCUAUGUUGUCGAUUACGGAAAUCAUCGAGUACAAAAAUUUAAUACCGAUUCAAAUGCAUAA